AUCCCUGACUCGGGGUCGCCUUUGGAGCAGAGAGGAGGCAAUGGCCGCCAUGGAGAACAAGGUGAUCUGCGCCCUGGUCCUGGUGUCCAUGCUGGCCCUCGGCACCCUGGCCGAGGCUCAGACAGAGACGUGUACAGUGGCCCCCCGUGAAAGACAGAAUUGUGGUUUUCCUGGUGUCACGCCCUCCCAGUGUGCAAAUAAGGGCUGCUGUUUCGACGACACCGUUCGUGGGGUCCCCUGGUGCUUCUAUCCUAAUACCAUCGACGUCCCUCCAGAAGAGGAGUGUGAAUUUUAGACACUUCUGCAGGGAUCUGCCUGCAUCCUGACGCGGUGCCGUCCCCAGCACGGUGAUUAGUCCCAGAGCUCGGCUGCCACCUCCACCGGACACCUCAGACACGGUUCUGCAGCUGUGCCUUGGCUCACAACACAGAUUGACUGCUCUGACUUUGACUACUCAAAAUUGGCCUAAAAAUUAAAAGAGAUCGAUAUUAA